AAACCAGCUGCAGAAGAUUCUUUUUCGUACACUUCCACAUGUGCUACAUUAUUUGCUUUUUCUGUGUUUCAACAGGCCUUGAAUAGAGGUAUCGCUGCCGUCAAGGAAGAUGCUGUGGAAAUGCUGGCCAGCUAUGGGCUGGCAUACUCCCUCAUGAAGUUCUUCACGGGUCCGAUGAGUGACUUCAAAAAUGUAGGUCUGGUGUUUGUGAACAGCAAGCGAGACAGGACCAAAGCAGUUUUAUGCAUGGUUGUGGCAGGCGCAGUAGCUGCUGUAUUUCAUACCUUGAUAGCAUAUAGCGAUUUGGGGUAUUACAUUAUUAAUAAGCUGCACCAUGUGGAUGAAUCAGUGGGAAGUAAAACUCGGAGGGCCUUCCUUUAUCUUGCUGCCUUCCCUUUUAUGGAUGCCAUGGCAUGGACCCAUGCUGGGAUUCUGCUGAAACACAAGUACAGUUUCCUAGUGGGAUGUGCCUCCAUCUCAGAUGUCAUAGCUCAGGUUGUUUUUGUAGCCAUUUUGCUUCACAGUCACUUGGAGUGCAGGGAGCCUCUCUUGAUCCCAAUCUUGUCCUUAUACAUGGGAGCACUUGUCCGAUGUACCACGUUAUGCCUCGGAUACUACAGGAACAUACAUGAUGUCAUUCCUGACAGAAGUGGGCCUGAAAUGGGGGGAGAGGCUACAAUAAGGAAGAUGCUGAGUUUCUGGUGGCCUUUGGCAUUAAUUUUGGCAACUCAGCGAAUAAGUAGGCCCAUUGUCAACCUUUUUGUCUCCCGGGACCUAGGUGGCAGUUCUGCAGCCACAGAGGCGGUGGCGAUUCUGACAGCUACGUAUCCUGUGGGACACAUGCCGUACGGCUGGCUGACAGAGAUCAGGGCAGUAUACCCUGCUUUCGACAAGAAUAACCCCAGCAAUAAAUUGGUGAACACCAACAGCACCGUCACAGCGACACAUAUCAAGAAGUUCACUUUUGUUUGCAUGGCAUUAUCCUUAACG